CCGGGGCGGCGGGGCGCGGAGGCGCGGGGUCCACGACGCGGGCCGAGCCAGCGGCGCCGCCCGGGGCGCCGGGCUAGCCGUGGACUAGUUCGAGGCGAGCCGCCAUCACUGCGCGUGUCGACGACGCGCUCCCCUUGGCCGCGGCGGACAUCGGCGAUCUGGACGUCUGCGACGACGACGCCGGCGACGCCCGCGCGCUCGUGCAGUAUAGUGGCCCACCGCGACACCGUGUCAUGACGCCGACGAGACGCGACUGACGGCAUCCGGGAGACGACGGUCACCGCCGUCGCCAUGACGGCCUGCUCGCCGAGGCCGCGGCUGUCGUCCGCGGCCUGCCUCGUCCUGCUGCUGGCGGCGGCCUCCUGGUGCGGCGCGGGCGCGCAGUACGUGCAGCUGCCGUACGGGCAGGAGGGCCAGGGGCAGCAGGGGCAGGACGACACCGUCGAAGAGCCCCCGCACUCGCCCGACACGCUGCACCUGGCGGGACUGUUCUACGAGCACGAGUGGCAGGAGAUCAUGGCCUUCAAGGCGGCCAUCGAGCGUGUCAACAUGGACAAGGUGGUGCUGCCCGACGUGAAGCUGGUCCCCGUCGUGGAGGUGCUCGAUUCGACGGACGGCUUCAGCCUUAGCAAGAAACUUUGCAAGCUGACGGAGCAGGGCGUCGCCGCCAUCUUUGGUCCGAGCCGCAAGGAGAACAUCAACAUCGUCACCUCCAUCAGCGAGACCCUUGAGAUCCCGCACAUCCUCACGCAGACGUUCACCUCCAGGCGGCCGACCAAGGUCAGCGUGAACAUCGCGCCGGACCGCAAGAGCAUCUCCCAGGCGAUUGUGACGCUGCUGCAGGACGACAUGGGGUGGGACACGUUCACCGUCAUCUACGAGGACGACGAGGGCCUGUUCCGGCUGCAGGAGGUGCUCAAGGCCCACGGCCCGCUCGACCCGCCCAUCACGAUGCGCCGGCUCGGCGAGGACCCGGACAUUAGGCCGCUUCUCAAGAACAUCCGCAACAGCAGCGAGUCCCGCAUCCUGCUGGACGUGUCCGCCGACAAGCUCAUGGACAUCUUCCAGCAGGCUAAGCAGGUCAACAUGAUGGGCGAGUACUUCAGCUACCUGGUCACCUCGCUGGACGCGCACACGCAGGACUUCACCGAGAUGAACGAGUGGGGCCUGUCAGUGUCCAACGUGACCGGGGUGCGCCUGGUGGACCCGGACUCCUCCGUGGUGCAGAACGCGCUCCAGGACUGGCUGUACAGCGAGCGCCUCCGCGGGACCACCGUCACCCUGGCCGCGUCCGAGAUCAAGGCUUCCUCUGCGCUCAUCAACGACGCCGUGCACAUGCUGGCGCGCUCGCUGCACCUCCUGAACCAGACCACGCCGUCCAUCUUCGAGGAGCCGCUGUCCUGCGACGGCGCCAGCACCUGGCAGCACGGCGUGCGGAUCGUCGAGUUCAUGAAGGCCCAAUACAGCGAUCCGGAGUACGAGGCCGUCGGCAUGACUGGGCCGCUGUCGCUGAGCGCCGACGAGAGUACCGACGGGUCAACUUCACGCUCACGCUCAUCGACACGCGGUCCAACAACGCGACGGGCACGUGGAACGCCUCGGGCAUCCACCUGUUCCGCUCCGUCGAGGACAUGGAGCGCAGCGUCCGGGACAUGCUCUCCAGGAGGCUCAUCAAGGUCGCGUCCAGGCUGCGACGUAAUGUAUGCAACAAAGCUCAAGCUGGUUCUGUCUCUCCUCCAGGGCAUGCCGUUCCUGGAAAGGAAGGCCAACUGGAGCGAGGACAUGGGCAACGACGGGUUUCGUGGUUACUCCAUCGACCUGAUCUCGGCCAUCGCCAAAGAGCUCAACUUCACGUUCGAGUUCUACCUGGUUGCGGACGAGGCCUACGGCAGCCGCAACAGGGACGGCAAGUGGAACGGCAUCAUCAAGGACCUCAUGGACAGGAAGGCGGACCUCGGCAUCUGUGACCUGACCAUCACGUACGAGCGGGAGCAGGCGGUGGACUUCACGAUGCCCUUUAUGAGUCUCGGCAUCUCCAUCCUGCACACCAAGGCCAAGCCGCAGGACCCCAACCUCUUCUCCUUCCUGGAGCCCUUCUCCACGGAGGUGUGGUUCUACAUGGCCUUCGCGUACCUCAGCGUCUCGGUGCUGCUCUUCUUCCUGGCGAGGAUGACGCCGUACGAGUGGGACAACCCCCACCCCUGCGACCCGAACCCGGAGGAGCUGGAGAACACGUUCGACCUCAUCAACAGUUUGAUGUUCUGCAUGGGCUCGUUGUUACAGCAGGGCUGUGACUUUCUGCCCAAGUUUACGCCUUACGAGUGGGAGAACCCCUCGCCGAACGCCGACGAGGGCUUCCUGGAGUUCUCGCUGAACCUGGCCAACGCCAUCUGGCACAACGUGGGCUCCCUGAUGCAGCAGGGCUCGGAUAUCGCCCCAAAGGCGCCGUCGACGCGCAUGGUGGCGGGGAUGUGGUGGUUCUUCACGCUCAUCAUGAUCUCGUCGUACACGGCCAACCUGGCGGCCUUCCUAACCGCCAGCCAGAAGACGGCCCAGAUCGAGAGCGCCAAGGACCUGGUGCAGCAGACCAAGAUCCAGUAUGGCUGCAUGAAGGGCGGCUCCACCGAGUCUUUCUUCUCCAAGUCCAACUACUCGGACUACCAGCGCAUGUGGGACGUGAUGGAGAACGCCGAGCCGUCCGUGUUCGUCGCCAAGAACACGGACGGCGUGGAGCGUGUGAUGAAGUCCGAGGGCGGCUACGCCUUCCUCAUGGAGUCCGUGAGCAUUGAGUACCAGGCGGCCAGGAAGUGCGAGCUGCGCCAGGUCGGCGGGCUGCUGGACUCCAAGGCCUACGGCGUGGCCCUGCCUAAGAACUCGCCGUACCGCAGCCUGGUCUCGGCCGCUGUGCUAACGCUGCAGGAGACGGGCCGGCUGGCGCAGCUCAAGGACGUCUGGUGGCACCAGCUGGACGACGGCACCAAGUGCAGCUCCCAGGAGUCGGCCGGCGAGGUAGACAGCUCGGGCAAGCUCGGCAUCGGCAACGUGGGUGGCGUGUUUCUCGUCCUCAUGUACGGCUGCAUCGCUGCCUUCUUCAUGGCCAUCAUGGAGUUCGUGUGGAACUCGAGGCUCGUCGCAAUCGAGAACAAGAUCGGCGUCGGGGAGGCGCUGGUGAAGGAGCUCAAGUUCGCCGUGCGCUGCUCGGACUCUACCAAGCCCGUGCGCUACAAGGACAGCUCCAGCAGCGGCAGCUCGUCCAGCAGCCGCAGCGUCCACAGCAGCACGCGGUCCAGCGCCAGCGGCAGCGCGCGUGGCAGCCGCGCCAGCAUCGCCAGGCGGGCGGCCAGGGCGUCGGCGCCCUCCGCCGCCAGCCCCUGAGGAGGGGCGCUCAGCCAAAACACUCUUCUAUGUAGAAUAGAAAGCGUAGCUGUGAUCUCA